GUAUAGUAUAGCCUGCGAGGGUGUGUGAGGGUGAAUGAGAGAAAGAGAGAAAGAGAAAGCAGCUCGCUACUAGCGGACAUACGGUAGGCUGCUAACUGAACAUAGCAGCAUGGCGGGGCAAAGGGACUUCCAACAAGGCAGCCACUGCCACAGAAAAACGUGGAUUAAUAUACUACUUGGGAUCCUACAGCUGUUAUUAUCCUGCCUUCAACAUGGAGGUGCUCAACUGUCAGCCCUUACUCCAGUGCCCAGCGUGGUGGAGGUAUUGCAGGCAGAAGAUGUGGACUUUUUGGUCCCUACACAGGCGGAGGAAGAGCGCAGCAAAGAGAGUCUCCCACAGGAAGAGAGCUCUUCGUUUUAUGGGCGGGAGAGUGGAAGACCACUCCGAUUCCAGCCUCCAACUCUAGAGUUUGGGACACAGCCGCUGGGGCUGCCAAGAGCUGAAACUGUAUACAUACACAACCCCAGCCCGGAGCUGCCUCUGACUCUGUUGUCAAUAUUUACAUCUAGUAGACAUUUUCACAUGCCUUCCUUCCAUCAAAGGGUGAUUCCACCCCGAGGGAAGACUUCAUUUAAACUAAUUUUCCUUCCGACAGAGGAGGGAAAUGUAGAGAAUUCCUUAUUUAUUAAUACAUCUACCCACGGGGUCUUAUCAUACCAGGUUUUUGGUGUUGGAGUCCCGUGGGGCUCUCGACGAGAUGAGCACCUAAGAAAUAGUGUGCUAAUAUCCCCUCAUAUAAAGAGCAUUAAGCUGACACAGACUCAGGAAGAGGCCUCGAAUAUAACCAUCCUGGGACUUCUGCUGCACUGCAGCUUGCCUAAAAAUGUGUACAGCCAUCCUCAGGGCUCUUGUUUUGUGGCUGAGGAGGAGGGGAUGUUCUCGCUGCUGAUCAGCCUGUCGGAGCGAGGGGAGCAGCAGGCCCACCUGGACAAGCUGAAGCCCUACGUCAUCGAGAACCUCAUGGUGCUCCUCCUCAUCCCUGCGCCCAGCACCACCACUGCAGCUCCCAGAAUAGAUGUUUAUAUGCUGAAUGCAGGAACAAAAAAGCUGUUUGUCAAGGAUAUCCAGCUCUUAUCAAAAAUAGGAAGUGCUCUUGAGUUCAACCAAGUUCUACUGAGGACCUCUGCAACCAACUUCACUCAUGUAUCCUCACUGUCUUGUAAAAGUUCCACUGUGGCUCCAAGCAGAACGUGCUCCAGCCAGAUCAACUUGCAGCUCCUGGGCAACGCCUCCAUCAGGGGUCUACCGCACACACACGGGUCUAGUGUUGACCUGGCGGCGCUGUUUCAGCUGAGGCAGCAGCAGAGAGGCAGUGACCUCGUUGACCUCUGGUUCACCAACCUCCUGGGCUUCCCUCUCACCAUCACAAAUGUCUCCAUCCCUCAGGAAGCACUUGGCCUGCUCAAGGUGGUGGACUUCAGCCGGCCCGUCACAGCGCCCUCUGGCUGCUGGAGGCUUGUGUCCCUGCAGCUCCUCAACAGAACCCUGCCUGUCAACCUCAUUGCCACGGUAACGCUGCAGUCCAAGGCAGGUCUCACUCUGGUGGUGCCACUGCAUGUCCGCUCCACUGCAUCACAGCUGGGAGAGGUUCUGUUUGAGACGGGUGCAGAGUGUGCUCGUCCCUGUUCCCUCAGGCUGUCCAGAGCAGGUCGAGUUGAGUGGCAGCAUACGCUCCUCCUGCAGUCCGCCUCUGCCCUGUGGAGUGCAGACAGUAGCCUGGCCUCCACUGUCCACUCGCGCUGGCAGAACCGCAAAGACCAGCUGCCCUGCAGAUGGCCCAGGCUCCCUGUGCAGAGCAGCUCCCCGCUGGACUUUGGGGCCACUCCGGUCAACGAGAGCAAGUUGAAGAGCCUGAUCCUGAAGAAUCCUUCAGGUUCUGUUGUUUCCGUGGAGAUCCGAGCCCUGUCCUCCUACCCUGCUCCGCUGGAGGCUUUGGAUCUGCUCACUAAAUGGUUCAACAUCAGCCCCCUGUCUGUGAACAUCUCCACCACAGAGUUCUGUGUCCUGCCUGCUGACUCCAAGGACGGCGAGGGCGUCCAGGCGGGUCCAGACGGGAGCCUGCGGCUGCUGCUGCAGCCCUGGGAGAGCCGCACCGUGGCCGUGGUCUACACGCCCGCCGAGCACAAGCCCGUCACCUCCCUACUGCUCAUCAGGAACAACUUGACCGUUUUCGACAUGGUGACGGUGAAGGGCCUGGGGGCCAAAGAGCUGCUGCGUGUGGGGGGGAAGCUGCCGGGCCCCGGGGCGUCGCUCCGCUUCAACGUGCCCCAGUCCACGCUCAUGGAGUGCAGAGAUGGUGUGCGCACAAACAAGCCCUUGUUUGCGAUACGCAAGAGCUUCAAGGUGGAGAAUGCAGGCGAGCUACCUCUGACCGUCAUGUCCAUGAACAUCAAUGGCUACAAGUGCCAGGGCUUUGGCUUUGAAGUCCUACAGUGUAGAUCCUUCACUCUGGACUACAACAGCUCCUCAGAGAUCACCAUAGCGUUUACUCCAGACUUCACGUCCUCGUGGGUGAUCAGGGACCUGACUCUGGUGACGACGCGCGGCUCCUCGUUUCCCUUCACGCUCAACGUGACGCUGCCGCACCACAUGCUGCCGCUCUGUGCUCAGGUGGUGCCCGGGCCCAGCUGGGAGGAGUCCUUCUGGGUGGUCACCCUCGUCUUCACCUGUUUCUCCCUGGCUGGCGUGUGUCUGAUGGCGUUCCACCAGGCGCAGUACAUCUUGAGCGAGUUCACUUCCUCAAGCCACCGCAGCAACCACAACUCCCACUCACGAGAAAACGGGGUCGUCAGCAACGUCUCCUCCAAUGGCGUCUGUAAAUUGAAAGGAAGCUGCAAAAGCUACACUGACCCGUGCCAGACCUCUGACAAAGGGAAGGGCCGAGGCUCUCCGGCGGUGGCCAACGGGCCGACCAGGAGCCAGGCCUCUUCCAAGAAGAGCUCGGCCGGCCCCGCCCAGCCCCAGAAGAAGCACAAAGUGUCCGUCCUCUACGGGAAGUACAAAGUGACCGCGAGCGCCAGCCCGAACGCCGCCGCCGCCGCCCCUCCCUCCCCCAGCCCCUCCCCGUCCCCUCGGCCCGUGUCUCCGAGCCUCCCCGUGGACGAGGAGCGUCCGGACGAGCAGGUGUCGGAGCAGAGCAUGGACACGCGCAACAACAACAACAGCAGCAUCCUCCUCGGCCACGACGUGCUGGACGAGAGGCCGGCCCCGGCCGACAAGAGGCCGCCGCUCAAGGAGCCCAGGGAGAAGGAGGCGCUUAUGUUUCCCAUGGAAACGCGCGUGAUCUUCCCACAGAACCCCUGCCCGGCGCCGGCCUUCAAGGCCAGCCCACUCCCCGAGGUGGCCCCGCAGAAGGAGAGCGCAGGGAAGAGGGACAUGGCCAAAAGGGACAACAUGGAGAUGGAGCCAAGAGACGGCCCUGGCGGCCAGCGGAAGAGAGUGGAGAAGAGCGACGCUGGCGCCCCAGUAGCCAACAGCAAGAGUGGGAAGAGAGGCUCGGGGAAGGGGCGCAGGAAGGCCACGGAUAUGACCACUGGGGUCCCAGAGGCGGGUGUUGCGGUGCUGUCCGAGAGGGAGAGGGAGCCGGAGCACCGAGACCCACGCACUGCCCCCAGGCUGCGCGGCCACUGCUCCAGCGUGAAACCAGACCUACCGAAGGCAGGACCCAGCCUGGACUGCUCUCUCAAACAGAACGGCUUGAGCCUGGCUCGGCCCAGGAGGAAGUGCCCUGAGCGCCAGCCACGGUGGGAGUCGGGCUCGGACAGCUCGUCGGGCAGUUCAUCGGGCAGCGUGCGGGCCAGCAGGGGCAGCUGGGGCAGCUGGAGCAGCACCAGCAGCAUGGAGGGCGACAGGGAUGCCAACACACGGCAGCACUGUGCCAACCCGGCCCGCAAAAGAGACAACAUGCAAAACAACCUUCACCCAGCAGAUCGAGAAAGCCAUCAGAUUAUCAAUCCCAGUUGUAAAACUCAGAGCAUGAACUGUCUGUACCGGAAGGAAGUGUGCCAAAUGCCAGAGCCCGCGCCCCCUGUGCCUACUUUUGCGCCAAGCUUCGCUGCCGUGGCAGCAGGGCCUGACAGGAGUAUGGAUGUGGCCAGCUCAUACGUGCCAGAAGAGACAUGGUCUGCUCCCUCUGUUCCUUUGACCAACGAGUUCAGGUACAACAUGACCGAGUCGCUGCCUUUCGUACCUCAAAGCCCAACCCCUUCUCCCUACAAUGGUUUUCCAUGGCCUGGCGUGAACAACCAAUGCAACAGCACUUACCCAUACAACAGCCAGAGCAAUUACAUGGCAGCAGGGAAUGCCCACUUCAAGAAUGCGUACGCGUGUCGCGAGAGCCAAUCAGUGCCCUUCAGCCAUCAGCCAGCAUGGGGGGAGGACGGCGGUCAGGAGGCGCCCUCCUCCUGGGACCUGGCCGGAUGUGUGGGCAGCAAGCCCUAUUUCCCCGGCACGCGCAGCCUCUCCCCCAUGUCCAGCCUGUUCGGCUCCAUCUGGACCCCUCAGAGCGAGCCCUACCAGAGCCACUUCCACCAGGAGCGCUCGGCGCCCGUCUCCCCCCACACCUCCUUCAGCCGGGAGCCCGGCAGCGGCUGCCCUCCCAAGCAGUACUCCAGCUUUAACCCCUUCGGCCCCCACAUGAACCUGGACAUCUGGAACUCCUCGUCCAGCCGCAGCUCCAACUCCCAGCUGUCAAACGACUCGGGUUACUGCGGUGACAUCUGACAAUUUGACAAAAAAAAAAAAAAAGAACAAUGAUGCAAAACUUACGAUGACGGCAAAGACAACCGAAGAAUGUGCUUUUAUCAAUAAUGGGGAAAAAUGUGAAUAUUCUUUUUUUUUUUUGUUCUUCUGUUACCUUUUUUUUCUCAAACAUUCAAUGUCGUGAGAAGUUAAACAUAUGUUGUAUAUUUUUCUAGAUGUUUUGCAGUUUUGAUCAAAAAAUAAAAAAAAGUUUUGUAUUUGA